AUGAUUUGUCACGUUCCCAGGGGCUGGCAAGAACGUGCAGACCAAAUGGAAGCACCAGAAGUUGCCAAGCCAUGGUUUGACCUGACCGAGCUUCCUGAUCCUCCCGAUCAUACGACAUUUUGGUCGACUAGAAAGCGAGAUGUAUACAAUGGUUUCAAAAAGCCGAUCAUAGAUGCAUUGGAGAGGCAUUUUCUCUGGGGCAUCAAAGCCCACAUAUACACAGGCAAGCCUACGAAGGGUGAGAAGAUAGAUGCUCUGUGGAAAUGUUUCUAUUACAUGUCAGAAGACCAUCUGCCUAAAAGUUGGAAGGAGGCGUUGAACUUGAAUCGGGAUGCUGGACCUCGACUGCUGAAAUGGAAAGAGCUGAAUCCUGCGCCGAAGCCGAUUAGCAAAUUUUAUCCGAGCUUACCUCCGCAGUCGUUCAACAAGGCCGGAUAUGAGAAUUUGUUCAUGCCUGCAGGUGCGCCGCCCGAUGUGCCAUGGACUUAUAUGCUGCAAUUCCAACUUUCCUCCAUCAAGCCUGAAAUCUUGCCCUGGUAUUCAGUUCCUGGCCAAAGAUCAGUGCGAGAAAUUCAAGGUCAGCCUCAGAAAGCCGCCCCGAGAAGAGUCGCAACUAAGAAUUUCACACUUAGGAACGCUGUGCCAAGCGAAUCAACACUAUCCUCUUCUCCCAACAGUAUUUCGCCAAAUAACAAAGCCACUAGGUCCUCGUCUCGAAUAAGUUUUUCUGAUCGGAUCCUGUUUGAUCAGGACCUAUCUGGGCUAGUCGAUUAUGAGGAAGGUUCUGGGCUAAGUCCUUCUUUAGGCGAAUUUACUAGCUCUGGGAGGGGCUCUGGGGACAGCUUGGGAAGCAGCUUCGGGGGCAGUCCUUACAAUAUUCCCGCAUGUUACGACGCCAAACCUAUUCGAGAAAUCAUUGAGAAAGCCAUCAUGAAAUAUACAUAUCGCUGGCUUGAUCGUCAUCCCGGUGCACCAUUCAAAGGCCCAAUUCCACACAGGAUAGCCGAGAAGGCCGAGGAUCUCGAGAUUGUCCAGUCUGGAGCCUAUCGAUCUGUUCAAGCUGCCAAGGUUAACGUGUAUCUUGAACUGGAUGCAGAUGGCUUCGUGGUGCCGGUCCGUGGCAGGGGCCCAGUAUGGGAGGGUACGUCUUGUGCCAUAGACUGCGUGAUUGUCCUAGGCAGCUUGCUCGAUGCGGGGUGCACCGUUGCAGACCGAGGUGACAGCGAUGGUGCCCAUUUCACCGAUCUUGAAAACGCCUUUGUCGAGGUGACUAAUAUGAACUGGGAGGCCUUCAGCGAUGAAACCUCGAAAGAACUCCGUAACGCCUAUUAUCGUAUACUGUGCGACAAGGUCCCAAGUAUCACCAUGGGCAAUCUCUGUCACCCGUGGAUACCGUGGUCCGAGUGUACCAAGAACUUCACUCAGUUCAGAUUUGAUUAUACCACGAUAGACAAGGCUUGCCAUUGUAGGGGCGAGGGGACUACAGAGACGCCAGGAAACGGGCGUGUGCUGGACCCUGCUCCUCUACCUGCGGAUCGCGAGGGUGUGACAAUGAGCCAGCUAUGGAGUCGAGCUUUCCCAAUAUACCAUCCGUUCAUUUGCUCAGAUUGUGGCUCUGGGCCUGAAAAUGACGGUCCAUGGCUUUAUAGAAAAAUUACCAAUCUCCCCCUUCGUCUAGUCGUUCAAACAGAACCAGGCACCAAGAUCUGGCAACACACUCAAGAUCAGGUUUUCGACUAUUUGAAUGCGGAUGGAGAACCAUGUCGAGCAGCCUACCGCUGGCUUGGAGGAAUUUACGGAGCAGGUGAACAUGGACGCGUCUUCUGGGGCGAAGGUAAGCGUUUUGAAGCCCCCACCAAGGACUACGCCAUGUACGAUGGCGCGCUGGCAUCGGGAAUGAUCAUUUCCUUGCCUGCAUCUGGUGAGGAAGAGAAUAUACCGCUCGAGUGGGUGCACGAUCCAAAUUGCCCACCAAUCUUGGUAUAUGAGCGUGUAAUGAAUCCCGAGACACCCGCUAUUUGUGCAGCCAUCAAUGCCCUCAAUAAUGUAGGUCAGAUGAUUGAAAAAGGCCAGAUGUUCAAGGAUGUUCACGUACCUUGGACCCCUGAUUCUGGACCUCCUCUUUUCAAUUACAAAAAGCGACAGUUGCCCACGUUCGGUGAUUGUUUCCUCGACUCAAAACGUCCCGAUCCAUUUGACACCCUUCCGAAAGAUAUUUGGGAUAUCAAGAUACCCGACUGGUUGUCUCUUGCGAAGAUAGAUCCGAACAGGAAUCUUGUGUCGAAAUAUGGUCUCACGGCACUAAGAUCUGCCUCGCAAGUUCCGAUCGAUCUGCUCGGCACUUCGCUACCACGGGAUCCUGAAGACGUUUCACCCUUCGACUCGCCUCAUGUUGGUCCGCAAAGUCUCGCUGCACAGGUGGAGUUAUGGCCUCCGGGCUCUUUGGACAUCACUGGUGCUCUAGACUUCCCUGACCUCUCAUCACGAUCGGAUUUCAGCUCCGGCAGCGGCUCUGCCCUAGGUGAUGGCCAUCUCUAUACUCUGAGAGAGUACUUUGAUUCACAGAUAGUCAAUGGUCAGGGCCCCAGGGGAGGGCAACGUGCUCACAACCUAGGAGGGGAUGGCACGGCUUCACCAGAGGGUCCGGAUAUCACCGAGGAAGAGAUACACGAGCUCUUCCAGGAUUUUACACAUGUUUCUGACUGCAGCUCGGAAAUUUCCAGUCCUCUCCCACUCGACAACCCUUACCCUAAAAAACGAAAACGAGACAUACGAGAAACGGUUCUCAUUGAAAAUGCCGAGAAUGUGACGACGAUGACGAAGGGGAAACUGACGACAGAAUUGGGAGAGUCAGAGGAAUCUACGACGGAUGCCACGUGCAAGAAGCGUCGUGUUGAGACGCUGGAUGGGCGCUGGUUACCGCGAAAUGCGAGGGCCAUAAGAUUCGAAUGA